AUGUUGCCGAUCGUUAUCGAUGGAGCCGGCCACCUCCUCGGCCGGCUGGCUGCUGUCGUGGCAAAACAGCUCCUUCAAGGGCAGAAAAUCGUGGUUGUGCGAUGUGAAAAUAUGAAUAUCUCCGGGAACUUCUUCAGGAAUAAACUGAAAUAUUUGGCUUUCCUGAGGAAGAGAUGCAAUGUGAAUCCUGCCAGGGGGCCAUUCCACUUUCGAGCGCCCUCCAUGAUCUUCCGAAGAACAGUGAGAGGGAUGCUACCCCACAAGGUAGAGAGAGGAAAGCAGGCUCUGAAGCGCCUCCAAUGCUAUGAGGGGGUCCCACCCCGUCAUGCCAAGACUCGCAAGAUGUACUGCCCUAACUCUAUGCGUGUGGUGAAGCUUAAGAAGGGCCACAAGUGGUGUUACCUGGGCCGCUUGAGCCACGAGGUGGGCUGGAAGUACCAGCAUGUCAUCAAGGCUCUGGAGGUCAAGCGCAAGAUGCGGGGCUGCAUCUAUCACAAAAAUAAGAUGGCUGAAAAGCGUACGAGUACAGAGGCAAGUAGCAUACAAAUUUGCCAUAACCAAGUACCCAAACCCGAGGUUGAGGACAAUAAAUAA